CCCCCUGCCUGCCUGCCUGUGUGUGUGUGUGUGUAAAAUGUGUAGAAGUCAAAGAAGUUGCGGGAAGUGUGGACGCUGGUCUCCUGUCAGCCGAGGCCACAAGCAGGCAGUCAAUGAUGGUGUCAGCACGCAGCUGGCUCGCCAAUGAAGGAGGGAAACAUUUUGUACUGGUGCUGUGGUUGGGCGCCAACACCUGGCUGUUUGUCAAAACCUUCCUGCUGUACUCCUGUGGACGGCAGUAUCACUACCUCUACAAGAUGCUGGGGCUGGGACUGUGCAUCAGCAGAGCUUCUGCCUCCGUGCUGAACCUGAACUGCAGCCUGGUGCUGCUGCCCGUGUGCCGCUGCCUGCUCACCUGGCUCAGAGGGACUCACACGGUUUCAAGCAGAAAGACCAGGCGACUGCUGGACAAAAGCAAGACUUUCCACGUGGCCUGUGGGGUCGCCAUCUGUAUCUUCUCUGUGCUGCACGUGUCCGCACACCUGGUCAAUGUUGUCAACUUCAGCGGCAGGUUCUCCGAAGACUUUCCCGCUCUUAACUUUGCCCGCUACAAAGGAGAGGACCCAAAGCUAAUUAUUCUAACCACAGUUCCAGGAGUCACCGGCGUUCUCCUGGUUCUCAUCCUCUUCCUGAUGUUCACGUCCUCCUCCUACUGUGUGCGAAUAUACAACUACGAGAUCUUCUGGUACACCCACAACCUCUUCAUCGUCUUCUACGUCAUCCUGAUGGUGCACAUGGUGGGAGGAGCGCUAAAGUAUCAGACCAACAUAGAAGCCCAUCCCCCUGGCUGCCUGCGAGCCAAUCAGAGCAGCCCGCAGCAGCAAGGGGAGGAGCUGGAGCCACGUGAGGAAGAGGAGACGCCAUGCAGGGAGGAGCCUCACUUCCAGCCGCACUACCCCCAGACAUGGCUCUGGGUGUCCGGUCCUCUGUGUCUCUACUGUGCGGAGCGUCUCUACCGCUACAUCCGAAGCAGUGACCCGGUUACCAUAGUGACGGUCAUGAGGCACCCCUGUGAUGUCAUCGAGUUGCGGAUGUUGAAGAAGAACUUUAAAGCUCAUCCUGGUCAAUAUGUUGUUCUCAAGUGUCCCAGCGUCUCCUCCUUUGAGAAUCAUCCUUUCACGCUGACAGAGUGUCCCACAGAGAACAAGGAAACUUUUGGCAUUCAUCUCCGUGUUGUAGGAGACUGGACUGAGCGUUUCACGCAGCUGUUACUUCCGGACUUGCGGAGCGACUUGGACAUCCUCCCUGUGCUCCAUCAGAGGAGAUAUCCCAAGCUCUACGUGGACGGUCCAUUCGGAAGUCCGUCCCAGGAAGUCUUCAACUACGACGUCAGUGUUUGCGUGGCGGCUGGAAUCGGAGUCACGCCGUUUGCUUGCGUGCUGCAGGCUCUGCUCGACGGCCGGACGGGGUUGAGGUUGAAGAGGUUGUACUUCGUGUGGGUGUGCAGGGAGCUGAGGUCCUUCUACUGGUUUGCUGAGCGCCUGUGUGCCCUUCAUCACAAGUUAUGGCAUGAGAACAGACCUGACUACUUUAACUUGAAGCUUUACGUGAGUCAAGCAGACGACCUGCACUGUAUAUCUGAGGAGAAGUACCGCCCACUCGCGUCAAGGCUGCUGGUGGGUCGACCCAGGUGGAAGAUACUGUUGGACGACAUCGGCAGGAGCAAUACGCAUGCGCGAGUGGGCGUGUUCUGCUGUGGUCCUAAAGGCAUCUCCAGGACGCUGCACAGACUCUGUAACUCCGCCCACUUCCCUGGAACCUCUUUUGAAUUCAACAAGGAAUCUUUCAGCUGAUUGUUUUGACAGGAGUGGAUUUAUCGGCGUGGUGGACUUAUCGACCGAGGCCGUGGCCGGAUGAAACAUAAGCCACUGGUGACGACUCUUUCACAGACUGCCCGCGUCCUGCUGAGGUGACGUCACAGCACACAUGCUCUGGAAAUGAGAAAAUGACGGCAUGAAACUUUGUAAAAUCUCUCACUGGAACUUUUUGUAC